CGAACUGGCGGUUCCACGCGUCGACAGGCCCGGCAGGUGACCGCUACGACCCGAACCGGAGGAAUCCCGUAGCGGUUUCGGCCGCCGACCGGUGGCCUUCUUUCCUCCGUAGGAUGUUCCGCUGGAACACGAUAUUCGUCGUCUUGCUGCUCCUCACCGUCCUCUCGCCCAUUCUCUACUUCACCUUCCCCAAAAUUAUUCAGAGGGAGGAGAUCGCUGAUGGCGGCGGCUCCAAUGUGGAAUCGAAUGUCGCGACUAAAGGACUGCCAGGGAUUAUAGCUAGCGAUGAUCGGAAUGAUUCUGGAGAAGAAUUGCCUCAUCAAAAUGUGCAAGAGGAAGAAUUCCUUGGAGAAGGCAUCAUAAAAGAUUUGUUGCAAUAUCAAAAUGCUCGAAAGGAAGAUUUUGUUGGACAGGACACCAUGGGUAAUUGGAAGAAUGAUGACAAGGGAGAUCAGUACACCAAUACCACCAAUUUUGAUCAUCAGGAACCACUCGGAGGAGUAUUUGGCAAGGUUGAUCCUGAAAAUUAUCACAUAACUGAUGCUAGAGUGCGACAAUUUAAGGAUCAGUUGGCAGUAGCAAGGUUAUUUUUGGAGAUCGAAUUAACUAAGAGUCGCCCUCGGUUUAUAGGUGAGCUACUUAAGCGGAUAGCUGAUGUUGAGAAUGUACUUCAUGAAGCAACUACGAAGUCAGGACUGUCAGAAGAUGCUGACAGGAAGCUGAAGGCAAUGGAGGAAACUUUAUCUAAAGGGAAACAGAUAUUAGAUGAUUGUACGGCUACUGAGAAGAGUCUCCGUGCUGAGCUUCGUCCGGCAAAGGAACAGUUACGAACUGAGACAAGGCAGAAUGCGUUUCUAAAUCAACUUCUGGCCAAGACUCUUCCCAAAGGUCUCCAUUGCCUUUCCUUGAGGCUCUCAAUUGAGUAUUAUUCAUUAAAUUCCACUCAGAAAUACCAGUUUCCUCAUCAACAAAAGCUUGAAGAUACCAAGCUAUAUCAUUAUGCACUUUUCACAGACAAUGUAUUAGCUGCAGCGGUGGUUGUGAACUCUACUCUGCAUAAUGCUAAAAAUCCUGAAGACCAUGUAUUCCAUGUUGUGACUGAUGAACUCAAUUACGCAGCAAUAAAAAUGUGGUUUCUAAGUAACCUGCCAGGAAACACUACAAUCCAAGUUCAGAAAAUCAAAGAUUUCACUUGGCUGAAUUCGAGCUAUAGUCCGGUUCUUAAACAGCUUGAGUCUCAAUCUAUGAUCGACUACUACUUCAGGACCCAUGGUGCAAAGCCAGAUGGAAACUUGAAGUACCGAAAUCCAAAGUACCUUUCGAUGUUGAAUCAUCUGAGGUUCUAUUUACCUGAAAUCUUCCCAAAGCUUAACAAGGUGGUGUUUCUAGAUGAUGAUGUUGUUGUACAGAAAGACCUUACUGGGCUUUGGAACAUUGAUCUUAAAGGGAUGGUAAAUGGUGCUAUUGAGACUUGUGGAGAGAGCUUCCAUCGGUUUGACAAGUAUCUUAACUUUUCGAAUCCUUUGAUUUCCAAAAAUUUCGACCCUCAUGCUUGUGGUUGGGCUUAUGGAAUGAAUGUGUUUGAUUUGGUUGAGUGGAGGAAGCAAAACAUUACUAAUGUCUACCAUUCCUGGCAGACACUGAACCAAGACAGGCAGUUAUGGCAGUUAGGAUCUCUUCCACCGGGACUGAUUUCAUUUUACAACCGCACAUUGGCCCUUGAUCGAUCCUGGCAUGUGCUUGGCCUUGGCUAUGAUGAAAAUGUGAAGGAAACGGAUCUUGAUCAUGCAGCAGUGAUACACUAUAAUGGGAACAAGAAGCCUUGGUUGGAGAUCGGAAUGGAGAAGUAUCGAAAAUACUGGUCUAAAUAUGUGAAUUAUGAUCAAAUAUAUCUGCACCAGUGUAACAUCGUUCCUUAGCGCAGAUGGUAACUCUUCCUACUUCUCUUCGAACAGCAGCAUGGUAUAUAACAAUUUUGAAUUGUAAAUUUCAAUUUUAUACAUACUAUUCAGUUAAAAGUUGAGGUUGCAUCUUUUUCCACAAUCUCCACUGCACAUUGCAAAUUGUACAUGAUUACAGAAACAAAAGCUAUUGUUCAUUCA